AUGGACGACGAUCAGCAAGAGCAUGUAGCGGACGCGAGUCUGCUACUUCCACGGGAUGUUGGAGGUGUUCUGCAAGUCCCGCGUGGAAGCUCUUUGAUCUCGCUUCACCAACUUGGUUCAUCGGACAACGGCAGCAUCAUGGUGUCUCCAAGCAAUGCCGGACGGAAGAGGAAGAGAAUGAGUGUCCCCAAUCCAGCUGGAGAUGGACCGCCCAAGAAGAUCAAGAACGUCUCUGCUGACCAAGGCUCUCUUGAUUUUGGCUCUUUGCCAGCUUCUCAUCACGAUGUGUCGUUGCAACUCCCAGCGGAGGUGUGGCAGCAUAUCUUCUCCUUCCUGCCGCCGCAUACGCUUGGAACCCUGCUGCGGGUCAACAAGUUGUUCAAUAAGUAUCUCGAUCCUGCAUCCCCAUUCACGAUUUCUGCUCCAGAGUUUCGCGUGCCUUCCAUAGUACCUGCGCUUCUCCCCGACGCCAUAUGGCGGGCGUCAAGAUGUCUCUUUUGGCCAAGGAUGCCUGCACCCCUCUCAGGGAAAUCUGAUCUAGACAUGUGGCGGUUUGCCUGCUCACGGUCUUGCCAAAUAUGUGGCCAGAUAGAUGAGACUAAUGUCGCCUGGGAAUCCUUACCGUGGCGGCGUGGGCCUGGCAACAACACUGUUUCGCCGAUAUUUGUUUUCUUCGUCAACUCUUGUGGGAAAUGUUUGGCUGAGACAAGCGUCAAAGAAGUUGAUGUGCUGUUGUCAACAUCCAUACCUUCAGUUCUUAUACCCGGACUUCCUAUGGCCUUUUUGACUCCUGAUCUCAACGUAGUCUAUACACAGUCGAUAAAAACUACCCAAGUGCCUACUUCUGUUCCGCUAACGAGAACAUAUUGGCCCACCCAAGUGGAGAGUCUUCGAUUAGAAUUUGAAGAUGUCAAGCGAUUUGGUCCUGCGGCGGCUGAAGAAUGGAUUAAGGGUCUAGAGGCUCGUGGCGCAGACACCAUUCAUAAAGCAUUACGAUGGGAGAAGUAUUAUUUGGCUGGAGGAGUUAGCCAGAUGCUCAUCCGCUCCUCUUCAACUCCGCCACAGCCCACUACCCGUGGCGCGCUCAAGAACUAUGAAGCCACCACUCGCCCAAUGCGACGAGCUCGAGAGGUAACAGAAGAACUAAAAUCCCAGAGACGAGCGGAUAUAGAAUGCCGAGCAAAGCGGCUUCAGCCUCCCAUACCUCCAGAUGUUCUGGUCGAUCUUCCAUCUUUCCAGAUCUCUUUAGAGAAAGCUGAGCCCUUUCGCGAUGAAGAGUGGAAUAAUCUAAAACAACAGCUCAUGUCUCAGUAUAAAAAGGUGAGAAGAGCGGAGAGAAAAAGUGCGGCAGCUGCUAAGGGUUCCGAAAAACACCAAGCCAACAGUACAGCCAAGAAAAGCACAGAGACUGCGCUUCAAGGCGAGCAUGAUGCUGAAACACUUGCAAAGAUUCGCAUAACAACCCUCACGGACCAAUUCAUCGGCGAUCAUUUGAGCGAAGGCCAAAGUGUUGAGCAGAAUGAUUAUGCUCAAUUCACCAUCGAUCUGCUGGCCUAUGUUCACAAACAUUACUAUGCGGAGUUCUCGAAAAAGAAUACCACUUCUUUGGCGCCAAAGCUGACUUUGGGCGACAUGGUGUGGAUAUUUGAUCACAAAGUUAGGCGAGUACUUAAAGAUACUGAUGAGGACCUUUUCUCUUGCAAAAGAUGCCUAAAAUCCAGAAAACGAUUUGGUUUCAACGCUUUUAUCCAACACUACCUUUCGAAGCACGCUCCGAAGCCUGGCCAGAAAGGGAAGAAAAUGCGUGACCGUUUGAGAGUUGAAUGGCCCGGAGAGAUUCCAUUCGGAUCAUCUCCGAUCCAGCAAGUGUCUAAUGUUGACUCCAAGUCGCCUUCCUCUCAGACUACAGAGGUAGACGAUGCAUACAAGCCGAGAAUCGAUGCCAUGGCAAAAGCUAUAAAAAGCGUGUGGAAGAUCAUGAAACACGUCGAAAACAUGUCCUUCUCGGUCAAGAUAUUUGUCUCAAUCUACCACGUCGCUAAAGUUUUACAAGAAGAUGAUCCGGAACUUGUGUCCCUCGACACAUUCGUGCACGUCUUGAAUCACUUCAAAUCUUCUUCUGCCCUUGCCACCUACCAUGGCUUAACAUGCAAAAUUUGCAUGUUGUCGCAGGCGCGAGAUGAAGACGAGAAGGGUUUAUUUACGCUUCCUGGUUUAGCCAAGCACUUCCAUGACGUCCAUGAGAAAGGGAGGACUUCGCUGACAGAUUGGCGCGUUGAUUUGAUCUCGAUCCCGGACUUGCAGAUUUCCCAAGACCUGCGAGCAAAAGUUUGGGAGAGCAAACGCGCUUUUAAACUAACUUCAGAGGCUUUGCCAUGGCUAUUUACAAGUAAGGGAGAAACAAGCCAAGAUUGCCCCUUACCAACCUCGUCGAACGCUCUCAACAAAGGCUUGGAGGCAGGGGAUGCAGCUUCUGGGCAGAAAAUCUAUCAGCGCGAUGAAAACUUACACGGAGAUGUACCGAGACUUCUGCCAGCCAGUGUUGUCUACGACAGAUCAGACACAAUUCAAAAGCAAGCAAGAUAUGAUUCUGUUGUCGCUGGGGCGGCGGGCAUAAGUAAGAGAAUGCCUCAGAUUUACGAACCGUUUGAUAGAGUAAGAGCACAUCGCACGGCCACCGAGGGCAGCUCAGUUUGGGGAUCGUCUCGCACCAACUCACAGACUUUUAGCCCUAGAGAAGGUGGGCCAGAGUCAGGAAGACAUUGGAGCUCUUUCCACCCACAUGUUGAGCACGACACUCAAGUGGUAGAAGAGCCAGACGAAUAUCCCUACUAUCCGGAUAUGGAGAUUCAAAGGGCACAGAGCCACAUAGAAUUUGGAAACGGACUGGAUGGCAGUUACUAUAUUCCCAGUGGCCACCACCAGCCGAUUCCUUCCGCACGCCUCUACCACUAUGGUGGAUCUGUUUCAUCAUAUGAUAGACAUGAUAGAGUUGACGCACGCCAUGCGUCGAAUGGCUAUUAUACGCAACAUCCAGCUAUGAUGCGGGAGUACAGAGUUAUUCCAACUGCAGAACGUUUCGAUUAUACCCAUCCAGAACCGCACAGAAGUAUUGCCCCACAACGAGCAUAUGGUUCUUAUGCUUCACGAUAUGCAUUGGCCAAUAGAAGGCCAGGAAUUUGA